CCAAAAUUAAUACUUUAGUUGGUUACAAAUACAAAAAUACAAAAAUAAAAGCUCAAUUUCUCAAUCCCACUAUAACCUUAUAGGCUUCUACUACGCUAACCUUAAUGACUAAUGAGUAAUGUACAAAUGUCAAGAAACAAGUUCAUCUGGUUCCAAGAGCUUGCAAGUCGUGAUGGCUGGGCCGCCACUACAAAAUAACAGCCGAAUAGCUACGGAAAAUCACGGCAAAAACCGUCGCUAAUCUAUGACGGUAUUAGCGACCAAUUUGCGACAGAAUCGUCGCUAAACCGUCUCAUAAACCGUCGCAAAUUUAAAAAAAAAUAAUCCGUUGCUCCACCGUCGCUGUACCGUCGCAUUACGAUCUGGUCUUCAAGUUCCGUCGCUACCCCAUCGUUUUCAUGUUCUUCUUCACAUCUUCGUUUAUAGAAUGCAUACGACUACUCUGAAACAAAACACAUCCCAGCUAGAGAAGUCUAAAAAAUGUUUCAUACAGAUAGAAAUUGGAUGUAUGAAAGAUACAAUCUAUUUACAAAAAAUGUCUUUGAUAGAUUUAUCAGUGGUAUGAAGAGUUUUGUUGAAUUUGCUAGAGUUCAACAUGAAUUUAUGAGUGAAGAAAACAUUCGUUGUCCAUGUCAAAAGUGUAAAAAUUGGUGUUUCUAUGAUAUCGAAACCGUCAAACUUCAUCUUUUUCGACAUGGAUUUCUUGCAAAUUAUUAUAUUUGGACAUCUCAUGGUGAGCUAUUGCAAUUUCAAGCACCGCCAUUACGGGAGAACCAAAUUUCUUCAUCUCAAGGAGAUGAAAGUCAUGUUGCCCAUAUUUCUUCAGUUUCUGGGACUCAACCUGAAACACCUUGGGAUCAAAGAAUGCUUGGAGAUUUUUUUGCUGGAUAUGUGCCACCGGUGGACACCACAAACUGUGUUCCACAAGCCACAGGUCAUGAAUAUAAUAAUGUUUCUCCAAAUGUAAAUGAUGUUUGUUAUUUGGCAGACCAAUUUCACAAUGUUCUACAAGCAGCAGAUCAACCUUUAUAUGAGGGAUGUCAAGAAGGCUCACAAUUACAAUUUGUCGCUGAGGCAAUGAGUAUUAAAUCUGACUUUAAUGUGCCUAGGGACGAAGUAAAUCGGUGGUUGGAAUUAUUCGGACGAUACUUACCUCGUGACCACACCACCCCACAGAAUUACUAUGAGACCAAAAAACUUACUUCCAACUUGGGUCUUCCGGUGAUAAAUAUUGAUGCUUGUCGUAAUGGGUGUAUGCUAUUUUUGAAGGGUGAUAAAGAGUUAAAAAAUUGUUCAUUUUGUGGUGAGCAUCGAUAUAAGUUGCAGGAUGACGAACAAUGCACAUCCAAAAGAAGAAAUUGGACGGCUUUUUCUGUAUUGAGAUUUCUUCCCUUGACACCAAGACUGCAGAGGUUAUAUGCUUCACGACAAACAGCUGAAGAGAUGAAGUGGCACGCAAUGCAUGAAGAAAUAGGGAAUUUGAUGGGCCACCCUUGUGAUAGUGAGGCAUGGAAACACAUUGACAUGAUGUAUCCGGACUUCGCCUCGGAGCCUCGAAAUGUACGACUUGAUUUAUGCUCGGAUGGUUUUGUUGCACAUGGAAAAUAUGGUGCAUCAUACUCUUGUUGGCCCGUCAUCCUAACGACGUACAAUCUGCCUCCCGGUAUGUGUAUGAAAUAUCCCUACAUGUUUUUGUCGCUUAUUAUUCCGGGGCCAAUAUGUCCAAAAAAGAAAAUUGAUGUUUACUAACAAUCCUUUGUUGAUGAAUUGCACCAUUUGUGGGAAGAGGGUUCAGUGACAUAUGACGUUGCGUCAAAUACCAUGAUCACAAUGCGUGCCAUUUUAAUGUGGACGAUAAGCGACUUUCCCGCAUACAAGAUGUUGUCCGAUUGGAGUACAGCAGGUCUCUUGGGGUGCCUAUUUGUAUGGAAGGUAACAAUGCAAUGUACCUUAAGAAUGGACGUAAGGCAUGUUACUUUGACUGUCAUAGAAAGUUCUUACCACGCAAGCACCCUUAUCGAAGGGACAUUCAUUCUUUUAUAAAAGGAAAACAUGAAAGUAGUCCUCCUCCCCCCAGGUUAACCAGACAACAAAUAUUUGAACGUGUACGUAUGAUAGUGACAACAGUUCAGGAGCCUAAUGAACUACCACAAGGGUAUGAAGUCAAUCACAAAAGGAUAAAGAGGAGCAUUUUCUGGCAACUGCCUUAUUGGGGAAGUUUAUUAGUUAGACAUAAUUUUGAUGUCAUGCACAUUGAGAAGAAUGUGUUUGACAAUUUAUUUUAUACUCUAAUGAACGAAAAAGAUAGGACAAAAGACAAUUUGAAGGCUAGGAAAGAUGUAGCGUUGUAUUGUGAUCGUCCUGGGAUUGGAGUUGCAACAGAUUACACUGAGAAGCUAAACAAGGCCGUGUACACGGUUUCUACUGCUACAAAAAAGUAGUUCUGAAUUGGUUGGGGGGCUCUUGGCCCCGAAUAUUUGCGUACCGGCUCUUUGAAAUCCACACAUUGUGCCUCCAUACAAAGUGACCCCAAUAGUGAAUCUAUUAAGGAGGAGAUGAAGGCCUUGAGGAAAGAAGUGAAGGAGUUAAGAGAACUAGCGGCCAUGCAAGCAAAUAUGGGUCCAUGGAUUAUUCCGUUUCUCUAUCAUGGGUAUGGUCAAUCUACUUCCGGUACUCAACCACAAAUGCCUCCCAUGUUUCCUCAACAAAUACAACUUUUUUUCCUCCCCAAAAUCACUAUACUUUUCCCCAAAAUGGUUCAUCCGGUCCUCAACAAAAUACAUCCAAUUUCUCUCAACAAGUUCCAACAAUGGUCCCUAGCGCUUUUGGAGGUACCCCACAAGCUUCUUCUCAACCUCCGGCCUACUACCCGACGAUGUUUCCGGGUUUUAAUAAUGUGCAAGGUCCACCAUCCAUGCAACCUACAACGCAACCAUUUCAAUUCAUGCCUAUAUCAACUCCAACCAACAUGACUCAAGACGAAAAUGUGAAUGUUAU